UGUAGAGUAUAUUCGCCUAAUCCAACGGAGACCGUAUUAACUAAAAGUGGCUAUCGCGACUGGAAACACGCUAAGGACAAGGCAAAGGGAUUCCAGCAACACCAAUCCUCGAUUGAUCAUUCGAAAGCAACACAGGCUUACGAAGAAGCGAAAAUGCGAAAUGCACGUGGCUGCCCCGUAACAGCAUCUGUUGUAUCAUUAAAUAAUGAUCAGAAGCAAUGGUUAUUUGCUGUUUUUAACGUUUCAAGAUUUUUAUGUGCGAAUGGUCUCGCGUUCCGUGGUUCUGAUGAAUCCGAUAUUGACACAGGAGAUGGCUUGUUUUUAAGAGCUUUUUCUCAACUUCUGUUUCCGCUGGAAGAAAAAUGGAGGAAAAUUCACAAGAAUCUUCCAAAAAACGCUAAGUACACUUCCCAUGACAUACAGAAUGAAGUCAUCGAAGUCAUAGCUUCCUUAGUGAAGACCAAAAUCGCCGAAGACGUGCGAAAGGCAGAACUGUUCACAAUCAUGGCAGAUGGCACAACUGACAAGAACAGGAAAGAGAUUCAAGGUAUCGUUUGUUGGUAUUUAUCGUCGGACGGGAAUGUUAAGGAACGAUGUAUUAACGUCAAGGGAAUCGAUGAUCGCUCAGCUAAAGGUAUUUUCAAAUUCAUCAAAGAAGCUUUGGUACAAUUUAACAUUUCAGUUGACGGCCUUGUGUCACAAUCCUUCGAUGGGGCAAGCGUGAUGUCAGGCGACUACGGCGGCUUGCAGAGGUUAAUUAGUGAUUUUUGCGAUCGGAAUGUGUUAUAUGUACACUGCUUUCUCCACAAAAUCCACCUGGUUGUCAGCUUUCUCAUGCAAAAUCUUGACGAAGUAAAGGAAUAUUUUGAUACUACAGCAGCCCUGUACAAGUUCUUUAAGAAGUCAGCUGUGUUAGAAUCGUAUAACGGCACUGCAUUGAAACGGCUUAUUGAGACGCGAUGGUCUGAUCACUUUGAAAGUACCAGCCAUGUGCACAAAAAUUAUGGCGAUUUGAUCCAAGCGCUUAUGGUGGCAUCAAAAAAUAAGAAGUUAUCUGGUGAAGAUCGAGCACAGGCAACAGGGCUCCUUAGCCUAAUGGAAGAUAAUGAAGACCACGUGUUUGUCUUCAUAACUUGUAUGUUGAUGGAUGUGUUGAAACCUAUUGAUAUUGUUGUUAAACAAUUACAAUCCCCGGACGAAAAUCUUAUUUCAGCAUUGCACGUGGUCAACGCCGUCAAAGACGACAUCAAAUCGAAACGCGAAAAUAAUACUUCGAAUGAGAAAGUUAAAAAGAUGGUUGAUGAUUUCUUAGAAAGUGUGAGGAUCACGUCAACCGACGGCGUGCAAGUGCAACGCAGACCUACAAGAAAUACUGCUGUUCCCUCUCGUUUUGAUGAUUUUUUAAUAACUGACCGUAUCCCGAGCGCAAACAACAGUCGCACCAACUGUCAAAUUUUUGUCGAGUGCUUAGAUUUGCUGGAUGCGGAAUUCCUCCGAAGAUUUUCUGAAGAAAACAUCGCACUAUGGGAAGCCAUGCUGGCCUUAUCGCCGUCGUCAGAUAAUUAUCUUGACUAUGAUGCUCUCAUACCCUUAUUUGAGUACGCGGUGAAUAUUCCAGUGAUAAGAGAUUUCUAUCAAAAAGGAAAAUUAUCACGCGAAGAUUUAGAAGCUGAGUGCCGAAUUUUUUCUCGUGUUUUUAAAGACAAAGAAUGGCCCAAGAAUGCAGCUGACAAAGUUGAUUUGAGCGAGGUCGCUAACAUUGUCAUAAAGGAACACCAGAAGGGAGCUCCUGUACUAUCUUCGUUGUACAAAGUAGCUAUCACUGCUGUUUCACAUCAACGAGGGUUGAAUGUGUUUUUUCAUCCCUUACAAGAGUUGAUUCCCCUCAGCGGAGGUCGAUGAAAACAGAAAGAGAAGCAAAUCUAGCUUAUCUAAGUUUUGAAAGCGAAGUUCUGAUAAAUGACAUUACCUUUGACGAUUUUUACAAAGCUUGGAACUUGAAACCAAGAGCAUUGUCGUUGUAAUUUGACAGGUCGUGCAUGUUUUGCAUUAUGAUAGCACUUAACUGAUUGAUAUUAUCAAUAAAUGAGGCUAUUGUAUAUUGUUAUUAUUGUCGUGUGUAUUUUUUGUGAACACUUCACUUUCAACAGUUUGUUUUUACUUAUUCCCAGUUUGCCAUUAUCUAUACGGUCCCCUUGUUUCGGCAGAAGCUCAAACAUUUUUAUGAUGUACAGUACCUACGUACAAGUGAGAGUCCCUCGAGAUCGCACCACCCGUUCGGCAAAAUUCCAUUCCCACUUUAUCGUUUCUGUUUGGGGAGUGCCCCCCCAAACAAUCAGAGCCAGCUCCGGGCCUGUUCCGAACGCAAGUCGUUGCGAAGUUCGGAAGCCAUAUUAGAAUUCACAAGCCAAUCUGUAAACAAAGUGCCUGAUUGGUCCGUGAAGUAAAACAAUCUUGUGAACUUCGCAACGAAGUUCGGAAAAUUUGUGGUCAAAGUUUCGUGAAAUCGACUGUAAAAGUUAAUUAAACUUUUAAUGGCAUAUAAUCAUAGUCAUUUAAUAACAUUAUAGUAUUAAUCUGCAAUGGAAUAUUAUAAAACAUAAACCUUUAAUAGUUGUAUUUAAAUUUGCAUGGCACAGGGUAUAAUUUUCGCUUAUUCUUACAAUAAAUUUCAUGCCACCUUACCACGAGAGCGCAAAAUACGAUCAGCGCGCCCACAUGCGUGCCUGAAACUAGGUUUUGCUGCCUUAAAAUUUGUGGGUGGGAUUUUGGUCAACCAUUUGUCAAAUCCCCGGGGUCCUCCAAUACCCGGCCCCCGUGCACAUAUAUGAAAGGCAAAUUCCCGACCCCGUGAACUGUCUAUCGGGCAAAUUCCCGGGGGUGUCCCGGGGGAGGGGGAUGGUUACUCCAGGAAUUGACUCAUGCAUUAUAGUAGGUAAAGAAACAUUUUUAGCCUCCUUAGUAACACGUCGCUCCGCCCAUAGUUACAUGUUAAUUUCAAGGCUAAAACAACUCGAAAAAAUGUACGGUGCACGCGCAAUUGAGUGGCUCAAUUGCAAAUGGCGGUAUAAAACAUGAAACACUGAUUGGUUUGGCAAAACAAAUCGCUGCGAGAAAGAUGUAUCCGUUUCCUCUGCUCGAAAGACUCCAUCCUGUACCAUGAGGGUGGGUUAAUUUAAUUUUUCGUUUGUGUUUUUGCUUUUAUUCUCCAUUCAUUACAGUACUGUAUGUUUGUAUCUGUUGCGAAAUCUCGCCAUCGAUAAUUUUUGUUUUUGUAAAGUGGAAACACCACAUGAAUUCUUUCUCGGCGCCAUAUUUUCAUACACGUGUUGUUUGCGAACUGUAUCUCUGAAUAUUCUCAUUUUUAUGAUCAGAAAUUGUGUAAGAACCAAAGUAUCAUCAAGAUUUAAUAAAGACAGACUCGAGGGAACGGUUGGCUGAUAGUUUUAAUCGAAAUUUCAGUGCGCGUCUGAGCAUACGUGGGAAAGAUCAAAAGCUGAAAGCCUGAAACCAUGUCUAGGAAAUGUGAUGUUUGUAACAAGGUAUUUUCACACAGAAGCUCUUUGCUAAGACAUAAAAGAACACACACUGAAGACAAACCUUAUGAAUGUGAUGUUUGUAACAAAAGAUUUUUACGAUCAGACGAAUUGGUGGCUCAUAAGAGAACACACACUGGAGAGAAACCUUAUGAAUGCGAUGUUUGCAACAAAAGAUUUUCAAGCUCAAGCCACUUAGCAGUUCAUAAGAGAACACACACUGGAGCCAAACCUUAUGAAUGUGAUGUUUGUAAAAAACGAUUUUCAAGCUCAAGUCACUUAGCAGUUCAUAAGAGAAUACACACUGGAGACAAACCUUUUCAAUGUGAUGUUUGCAACAAAAGAUUCUUCCGAUCAGACAAGUUAGCGGUUCAUAAGAGAACACACACUGGAGAGAAACCUUAUGAAUGCGAUGUUUGCAACAAGAGAUUUUUGCACUUAAGUUACUUAGCAAGUCAUAAGAGAACACACACUGGAGCCAAACCUUAUGAAUGUGAUGUUUGCAACAAACGAUUUUCACACUCAAGCCAGUUAGCACGUCAUAAGAGAACACACAUUGGAGAGAAACCUUAUGAAUGUGAUGUUUGUAACAAAAGAUUUUCCCGAUCAGACACCUUGGCUUUACAUGAAAGAACACACACUGCAGAUAAACCUUAUGAAUGUGAUGUUUGUAAAAAAAGAUUUUCCCGCUCAGACACCUUGGCUGUACAUGAAAGAACACACACUGGAGACAAACCUUAUGAAUGCGAUGUUUGCAACAAACAAUUUUCACACUCAAAUUACUUAGCGGUUCAUAAGAGAACACACACUGGAAAGAAACCUUAUGAAUGUGAUGUUUGCAAGAAAAGAUUUUCACAAUCGACCAACUUAGCUACCCAUAAGAGAACACACACUGGAGACAAACCUUAUGAAUGUGAUGUUUGCAGCAAAAGAUUUUCACAAUUGACCAGCUUAGCUACCCAUAAGAGAACACACACUGGAGAGAAACCUUAUGAAUGCAAUGUUUGCAAGAAACGAUUUUUGCAUUCAAGCCACUUAGUGGUUCAUAAGAGAACACACACUGGAGACAAACCUUAUGAAUGUGAUGUUUGCAACAAAAGAUUUUUGCGAUCAGACGUGUUAGCGGUUCAUAAAAGAACACACAUUGGAGAGAAACCUUAUGAAUGUGAUGUUUGCAACAAAAGAUUUUCGCAUUCAGCCAGCUUAGCUAGACAUAAAAAAAUGCACACUGAAGAGAAACCUUAUGAAUGUGAUGUUUGCAACAAAUGAUUUUCCCGAUCAGACAUCUUGACUUUACAUGAAAGAACACACACUGGAGACAAACCUUGUGAAUGUGAUGUUUGCAACAAAAGAUAUGUCUCUACUCUGUGACCUGAAUCCGCAGUAUAUACAGCCAUAUUUUCAAAUAUACUGUACCUUAAUUAACAAGCAAAUUUACUGCACUGUGCUACAGCAACUGUCCAGUCAUACAUAAAAAAACUGUCCAGUUUUUUUAUGCCGCCUCAAACUGAAAAUUAUUGACAAGGGGCUACCCCAAUUUUAUAAUAUUUUCCUACAAUCUCAUACCCAGAGUCAUGCCCAGCACCUAACCUGCGAACAGGCAUACUCUGGGUACAAGAUUGAUUUUCCUACUCAUUUUCAAUCUCUCUCCUUUAUCGUAUCCCAUAAAAUAUUUCACCUUCCGUUUAUAGUUGCUAUAAUUGUAGUUCCUAUAAUUACUGGCAAUAAUAGCAAAACUUGGUUGAUAGGAAUGGAAGUGCGUGGAAAAUACAAGGGAAAUUCGACGUUUCGAGCGAAGUUCCUUCGUCUGGGAGUUAGUUGGCAAACUUCUCGACGAAGAACUACGUUUCAAGCGAAGUUCUUUCGUCGGGAAGUUCGAAUUUCUCCCUGUAUUUCAAAAUACAUCACUAUCAGCCAUUUUGUUAUAUAAGAGUUACCAUCUAGCGCAAACAUGGCUUCCACAAUAGUGAAAUAUAAAACAUGAAACACUGAUUGGUUUGGCAAAACAAAUCGCUGCGAGAAAGAUGUAUCCGUUUCCUCUGCUCAAAAGACUCCAUCCUGUACCAUGAGGGUGGGUUAAUUUAAUUUUUCGUUUGUGUUUUUGCUUUUAUUCUCCAUUCAUUACAGUACUGUAUGUUUGUAUCUGUUGCGAAAUCUCGCCAUCGAUAAUUUUUGUAAAGUGGAAACACCACAUGAAUUCUUUUUGGGCGCCAUAUUUUGAUUACUCGUGUUGUUUGCAAACUGUGUCUCUGAAUAUUCUCAUUUUUCUGAUCAGAAAUUGUGUAAGAACCAAAGUAUCAUCAAGAUUCAAUAAAGACAGACUCGAGGGAACGGUUGGGUGAUAUUUUUAAUCGAAAUUUCAGCGCGCGUCUGAGCAUACGUGGGAAAGAUCAAAAGCUGAAGAAAGCCUGAAACCAUGUCUAGGAAAUGUGAUGUUUGUAACAAGGUAUUUUCACACAGAAGCUCUUUGCUAAGACAUAAAAGAACACACAGUGAAGACAAACCUUAUGAAUGUGAUGUUUGUAACAAGAGAUUUUUACGAUCAGACGAAUUGGUGGCUCAUACGAGAACACACACUGGAGAGAAACCUUAUGAAUGUGAUGUUUGUAACAAAAGAUUUUCAAGCUCAAGCAACUUAGCAGUUCAUAAGAGAACACACACUGGAGAGAAACCUUUUCAAUGUGAUGUUUGUAAAAAAAGAUUUUCAAGGUCAAGCCACUUAGCAGUUCAUAAGAGAAUACACACUGGAGACAAACCUUUUCAAUGUGAUGUUUGCAACAAAAGAUUUUUCCGAUCAGACAAGUUAGCGGUUCAUAAAAGAACACACACUGGAGAGAAACCUUAUGAAUGUGAUGUUUGCAACAAGAGAUUUAUGCACUUAAGCUACUUAGCAAGUCAUAAGAGAACACACACUGGAGAGAAACCUUAUGAAUGUAAUGUUUGCAACAAACGAUUUUCACAUUCAAGCCAGUUAGCAUGUCAUAAGAGAACACACACUGGAGAGAAACCUUAUGAAU